UUGAGCAAUUUUUUUUUCUAUUUGCAAUAUGCUCGACGGUCACGCCAUUCCGUGUGGCACACGUUCAUUUUCCAUUUUUGUAGCACACCUUGAGUUUGCCCUGAUUUAGUGUAUAUCAGCUCAGUGGGCGAAUAACUUUCCGUCUCUAAAGUGCCAACGAAAAUCGGUUCAUUUUCAUCAAUUAAUAAAAAAUAUUAAAAUUGGAGGUUGAUUGAUGUUAAAGAGUACAAGCAGCUGACAUGUCGCUAGCUGCUAUGCAUUGUGCCCGCUGCACGGACGGCUUCGAGCCCAACGAGAAGAUCGUCAAUUCGAACGGCGAGCUCUGGCAUACCCAGUGUUUUGUCUGUGCGCAGUGCUUCCGGCCUUUCGAAGAUGGCAUCUUCUACGAAUUUGAGGGACGUAAAUACUGUGAGCGGGAUUUUCAUGUGCUAUUCGCACCCUGUUGCAAUAAGUGUGGUGAAUUUGUAAUUGGACGUGUCAUCAAAGCGAUGAGCGCUAGCUGGCAUCCGCAGUGCUUCCGUUGUCAAAUGUGUGCCAAAGAGUUGGCCGAUUCCGGUUUUAUACGCAAUCAAAAUCGUGCCUUAUGCCAUGAGUGCAAUGCCAAAGUGAAGGCCGAGAUAACGGGUCGUUAUAUGUGUCAAAAGUGUCAUGGCGUCAUUGAUGACGCGCCAUUGCGUUUUCGUGGUGAAGUUUAUCAUGGCUAUCACUUCAACUGCACUGCUUGCGGUAUUGAGCUAGACUCGACGGCACGCGAAGUUAAAAGCCGGCCGGGCUUAACGGCUAACGAUAUGAACGAAUUAUACUGCUUGCGCUGCCACGAUAAGAUGGGCAUACCCAUUUGCGGUGCUUGCCGUCGCCCUAUCGAGGAACGCGUUGUCACCGCUUUGGGCAAGCAUUGGCACGUUGAGCAUUUUGUGUGCGCCAAGUGCGAGAAGCCUUUCUUGGGUCAUCGUCAUUACGAGAAACGCGGGUUAGCUUACUGUGAGACACAUUAUCACCAAUUGUUUGGCAAUUUGUGUUUCGUGUGCAAUCAAGUUAUUGCCGGCGAUGUGUUCACAGCGCUAAACAAAGCCUGGUGUGUACAUCAUUUUGCUUGCUCCAUUUGCGAUAUGAAAAUGACGCAGAAAUCGAAAUUCUACGAAUACGACGAAAAACCGGUGUGCAAGAAAUGCUACGAACGUUUCCCUAGCGAAUUGAGGCAACGUUUGCGCAAGGCGCACGAAAUGUCGAUGAAGAAGAAUUUCUAAACGCCUGCGUUAAUUUAGAAAAGUACAUUGUAAAUGCAACGCUCUAAUCCGGAACGCGUACUAUGUGCAUAGAGAGGCCAAACAGUCAUAAUGCAAAGUAAAAAAUGAUACUGAUGAUAUUUUUAAACGAAAACUAAUCCAUUGGGCUUUUGGGAGUGCCUUAAUUAAGUGCCUACAUAUUUUGUAUGUAUUAAUAAAAAUGGAUCACGUUGAUAAAGUUAUGCCACAUUUGAUAUAAAAAUCGCAAGCACAAACGCAUACAUUUGUGCGUCCAUAGUAAAAGGAAAAAAAUAGUCAAUAAUAUAAUAUUAACAUAUUAAGUACGGUCGGCUCAGAAGAAUACACGUACAAACCAGCUUCCAUAACAAUUUAUUUAUUACGUAAGUUUAAUGUAAAUGCCAACAUAUCCGAAUAAAACUGAUUAUCUAUCGUUAA